GAGGUGCUGAAGAACCUGGAGAACCACAGGCAGCCGUUCCUGCAGAUCCACAGAGACGGGGCCGUGAACGGGGUCCCCGUCCCCCCCGAGCAGCUGCAGGACCUGGCAGAGCGGUUUAACUCGGUGUCCUCGUCCUCUCACGCUCACCUGAUCCGCCUGGAGUUCUGGGAGAUGAAGUACCGUCUGAUGGCGUUCCUGAUGCUCGCCGAGUCCAAACUGAAGUCCUGGAUCAUUAAAUACGGCCGGAGAGACUCUGUGGAGCAGCUGCUGCAGACCUACCUG